AUGCGUUUCUCUGCCCUCCUCAUCACUCUCGGCCUCACCGGUGCCCUGGCCACGCCCACCCUGGUAUCUCGUCAGGCCCCUGCCGUCGGUGUCAUCUCCGACAUCUCGGCCCAGACCUCUGCUCUGGCCUCCGCCGUCUCCUCCUACAGCGGUGGUGACCCCUCCGCCGUCAAGUCCGCCUCCGAGAAGCUCGUCAGCACCAUCAACUCCGGUGUCGACACCGUCAAGAGCGGCCCUGCCCUCAGCACCGCCGAUGCUCUGGCUCUGACCUCUCCCGUCCAGGACCUGACCAAGCAGGUCGAGGGCGUCGUCAGCGACCUCAUCUCCAAGAAGGACCAGUUCGUCGCCGCCAACGCCGGUGGCACCGUCUACCAGGACCUCCAGGCCCAGUACACCGCCGCCGACAACCUGGCCAAGGCCAUCUCCGCCAAGGUCCCUGAGUCCCUCGCCGACAUCGCCGCUCAGCUCUCCGCUGGCAUUACCGCCGCCAUCCAGAAGGGUCUCGACGCCUACAAGGACGCCGCCAGCUCCACCGGCACUGCUUCCUCCUCUUCUGCCCCUGCCACUGAGACCGCGACCGCCACCGAGACCUCCACUGCGACCGGCACCGUCACCGAGACGGCCACUUCCACCCCCGUCAUCCCCACCGGUACCGCCUCCGGCAGCGCCUCCGCUACCCCCUCCACCAGCGCUACCCCCACCAAGGGCGGCUCCGGCUCCGGCUCCAGCACUGGCUCUGCCACUGCCUCCACCAGCACCAACCUCCUCGCCACUGGCGCCGCCAGCAAGGAGCACUUCAGCUACUCUCUCGGCGGUGCCGUCGUCGCUGCCGCCAUCGCCGUCGCUUUCUAA